AUGCAAACUUAUGAAGUGCAAACCCAGGCCUAUGAGAUAGUUCAAUCCUAUAAGUCACUUCAAGCUUAUAAAAUACAAAUGCAAACCCAAGCUUAUAAAAUACAAGCCCAAGCUCAAGCCUAUGAAGUGCAUAUCUAUAAAGUGUAUGCCCAUGAAAUGCAAGCUCAUGAAGUACAAACCUACAAAGUGCAAGCCCAAGCCUGUGAGAAAGUUCAAAAAAGAUCCUAUAAAGAAUAUAAACCAGAUGAUAAAGUUGAA